CUGAGACUCGUGAACGGUAUCACGGUAUGCAGACAGCCAGGGGAGGGCGGUUCCUCGUGUUCUCUUGUGGCUCGCGAAUCGUGAUGGUCCUUAGAGGCUACAUUCCCUCCGGGGCCUUCGGCCCCUACGGUCCUCCGCCUCUAACCCCACUUCCAUUCUACAACCGUACUGAAGGCUGACUCCUUCUUUGGCACCAAAGUAGGGCGAGGCUUAGGCUGACAGCUGGGACAGCCCGGGACUGGAAGAGGACGGGAUGGCAACAGGAGGAGGGCCUUACAAGCGGAGAGAAGAGCCCGCAGCACCAGCGCAGCAACGCGCACCCGAGGCACCACACGUACACCAACGACAGCAGCCAAAGCACUGGCCCCCACAGAGCCAACCGCAGCACCCGAAGCAAACCGACCGCGGCCCCACGCCGCGGGCCGCCACUACCGCGCAAGCCGGCGCAGGAGCCGGAGCAGCCGCCGCCAGCGCAUAGACGGCGCCGCCAGCGCCGGCGGGGCCGAGCGAUCCGACGAGGAGUGGAGGCAGAGGAGACAGGGGCGGGCAGGGCGGGCACUUGAGUGAGGACGUUCGAAGCAACGUCGCGUCUAAAGGCUCUCACUAUGAAGGCGGAAUAGAGAAGCCAUAGAGGGCUGGCGCCAAAGAGGAGCCAGCCCGUACGGCUUCCGAAUGGAAGCUCGCCUCUAAACAGGGGUGCGGUUUGCCCUUGCGUUCGAACUGUCCACCGCCUUUGUGGUUUCGCAUCCGUACAGUCCGGCUUGCUUGCGCGUUGAUGUUCAGCGGAUACAGAGCUGGAUGAGUUCAUGAGUUUAGUUCAUCUCAGUCCAUAUUCGUUGAAUGGGUUCGUGGAGGCCCGCAGUGCUGCACGCGAUGGCGGUGGUGCCGUGCGGUAUCACGGUACUGUGCCCUCAUAUGAAGGGUGGACAUGCAGGAUGGGGACCGGCGUCACUGGUUUUGGGACUGCACUGUUGCGCUGUCACUGCGGGAAAGUAUGGGGAUGGCUAUGGGUUUCCUGCCGGAGGAGGCUCUAAGUGCCUUCUCUCGUGAGGAGUUGUGGUUAGUGCGCCCGCCUGCGGGGCUUGCGCCACCUGUGUGGGAUGUGGUGUGUCUCGCUGCUAUGUCUGCCCUGGACUUUGGUCGGCAGCGUGUGGUUAUGGCCGGGUUGGCGGCGCGAGCGAAGCUGCCGGCGGCCCGGGUGCUGAGCAUUGGACUUGCCGUCGUAGCUGACUUCUGGGGUCGUCUCCAGACGUUUGUGACUUUGGGUAUCAGGCCAAAGGGUUGGGACGCUGUGCCGUUUGCGCAUCCCUUCAUAUCUCGGGCUGUUGGUGACGGCAUGGUUUUGCGCUUGCCGUAUGACGCUGAUUCCCCGCCCCCCUCGCCGUGAGAGGUUGUGCGUGGUUGGUGGCUCUGUGUGUGGGCAGGAUGCACGUGUGGGCGACCGUUCUAGUACCUGGACGCUUGCGCCCUGGUUAGUGCGUGCGCUGUGCGUGUGUCCUGCGGCCUAGACGUUUCCCGGCACUCCUGUGCCUAGGCUUGUGGCGUUGAGGCACAGCGGUGGGGCUCUGGCGGGUUGAGGCUUGGCUAGGACUCACUGUGCGCGGAGUCACACGGACUUUGCCCGCGGGAGGGUUUGCAGCAAAGUCGGGGUUGGGCCCUGAUAGCAUGUGAUGGCUCGGCGUCUUCGGGAGCUGGGACUGUCCCCUCUGUAACAUCCGCAUCCA